CUUUUCCUCCCAUUAUUCAUUUCCUCUUUCUUCUUUUUACCUUCUCCGUACCUUCUUUUGUCUUUUUGCUCAUCAUCAUCAUCAUGGAUGUGAGGGAUGUAGAGCAAACCAGCCUCUGGGCAGUUUGUGAUACGGAUGGUGUAUGUCAUUGCGACUGGCGUCUAACAGCACAUGGCUGCGAACAAGACGACACCAUGAAGACUAUAUACAUUGUAAAUGCAGUGUUAUCCGGUAUUGUCGGCUCCGUUGCCAUGUGGAUCACAUAUAAUCGAGUAUUUGUGUUGAAACAAGACAUUCUCGACUGUCGAACUGGAUUUCCUCGUCCGAAACCAAUCGAGUCAAUGGCUUUGAUGGGAACAAUAUUUAACUUUUUACGAAUGGCGCACGCUAUUAUUCUGGUGGUGGACGGCAUACCUAAUGUAGCUUUUCGAUCAUUUUUCUUUGAGUUCCCCUGGCAAUUUGGGUUUGGAGCUCUGGCAUGCUAUCUUUUUGGUAUCGCACAUACUCUCUCAGAUAGCAGCAAGAUUAUCUACGACAAUUGGGUACGGUCGCCACUCAUCAUCGACGGUAUUUGCGUUGCUAUCAUCGCCCUGCCAUUCAUUACAAACAACAUUUGUGCCAUUGCAGCCGGUAUAUACGCUUUGCAAGGCAACAUCCCUCUUGCGACAAAGUUCACCGAUGCUCUUUACUGUUUUUGGACGUUCUACACCGGAUCACUUGCCAUCAUCAUUCUUUACGCCGGCACUCGUUUAUUACGACUCUUGAGACAACAUUUGAUUGAGAAAUCCGACGGUCGUGUCAAUGCUGAUAAAGUUAGACUUGGCGCGCUCAAAGUGCAGAUCAUUGUCCUGACUGCAUUCUUGUGUCUUGGCGUGUUUGCUGUUAUACUGGGACUGUAUGCAGCAUUGAGAAUUCCCAUCACAGUCAACAAGGCAUAUAAUGGUGCUAUUGCGGCUAUUUGGACCUAUGACGGCGCUCUUGCCACAGCUUUUAUUGCGUUUGCUAUCAUCUUAAAGUAUGUGGAUCAUGAUUUAUUGUCCUGUUGGCUUAAAUCUUUCUAUCAAGUUAUGGAAAAGCCAAAUCGUUACUAAUAUGUUGAUCUGCAUGUAUGCGUCAAUAUCGAAUCAAGUCCACGCCUUGCUACUUUGGCUUCUGCAUUUGGCUCGUCCAGCGGCGGUGGCGGUGGCAAUAUUUCUUCUGGUCGA